UUUUUAUUAAUAAAAUUAAUAUUGAUAAUAAUCUCAUACAGAACACAACAGAACAAUAAAAAUAUUUCUCAUUUUUAAGAUAAAAUCAAAAACAUACUUGGAAAGAGUUCUACUCAAGAGUUGUGUACUGGUUCUGUUUGAACAUAAACAUAACCUAAAUUUAUCAUCAGCAUUAUAACCUUAUUCUCCGUAAACAAUAAAGUAAAAUAAUGGGCACCAGAAACAAGGAACUUUUAUCUAAAAUAGGCUUGAGACUUGAUGGAAGACGGGCAGACGAAGUGAGGCGUGUGAGAUGCAAAAUGGGGGUGUUCUCCGAGCCUGAUGGAAGUGCCUACAUUGAACAAGGUCUGACGAAAGUAUUGGCGGCUGUUUAUGGCCCUCAUCAGGUGAGAGGACAGAGACUGAAGGCACAACGUGACGGUGCCAUAAUCAAUUGUCAGUUCAGCAUGGCCGUAUUCUCAACGAACGACAGGAAACGUCGUCCGCGCGGUGACCGAAAAUCAACGGAACUCUCCAUGCACCUACAACAGGCGGUGGCGGCUGGCGUCAAGACCCAACUCUACCCUUGGUGCCAGAUUGAUGUGUUCGUGGAAGUCCUGCAUGCCGACGGUGGAGUGUAUUCGGCUUGUGUGAACGCCGCAACGCUGGCGUUGGUCGACGCCGGCAUUCCAAUGAGGGAGUACGUCUGUGCGUGUACGGCCAGUUUGGGCAAUGACGACGUCCCCAUGGUGGACAUUUCCCACCAGGAGGAAGUACUUGGGGGACCCACAUUGACCGUGGUCGCCUUGCCGAUUUCAGGGAAAAUUGUGCUGCUGGAAAUGUCGCAGAGGUUCCACUUAGAUCAUCUGUCCAAAGUGCUGGAGAAGGCUUUGCAAGGUUGCAAAGAUAUAAAGAAAAUUUUAGAUGAGGCAGUCAGGCAAAAUGUACGAAAUUUAGGGGCGUCAAUGUGUGGAUGGACCCCACAAUACUAAUUUUCUUUGUAACGUUGAUUUAUUAUAAUAAACCGCUUUAUAAAAUUU